AUUUAUUUUGGAAGAUAGUCUUAUUUUUGUUUGGGAACAUGGACAUUAAUUGUAAAAUUAACAAUUGAAAAUGGCGAAAGCGGCUGUUGAUGGCAAGGGAGUCUUGCAGAAAGAUUCAGAUGUCCAUAUUACAUUUGAUGACCAGCAGAAGAUUAAUAAAUUUGCAAGGUACAAUGCUCGAUUUGAAGACUUGAAAGAUCAGCUGAAAGCAAAAAAGAAUGAUUUGAGGAAUUUGGAUAAUGCAGCAGAUGACCUUCUGUUGGUAGACGACUCGGAUAUGAUACCUUACGCAAUGGGAGAAGUGUUCGUCUAUCGGAGUGUGCCCCAAAUACAGGAGUUACUUGAGCAGGCCAAAGAGAAAGUUCUUUCGGAAAUAGCAAGUCUGGAAAAGCAGGCGUCGGAAUUGGAGAGCGUAAUGAGUGAUAUGAAGACACUGUUGUACGCCAAAUUUGGGAAUCAUAUCAACUUGGAAGCGGAAGAUGAGUAACAUCAUGCUGUGGAAUCUCAAGGACUCUGUAAAGAUUUUUACCUUAAUCUGAUAUUGCACACCACAAAUGCCAUGAGAAUAGGAAACUAAAUAAAUAACACAUUGCAAUACAAUUUGGUCACACCUGUGACAUAAGUAGAAAAAAAAAUUAAGUUGCUGCAGACAUAGUGUUUUGGUUUGAGCUGUUUGUACCAUCCAUAUUAAAGAAUGCUUGUCACUAUACAUUAAAAAAAAUAUAGACCAUCUAAAUUCAUGAAUGACUCAUGUUAGAAGUAAAAUCACCUGUUAUUGUAUUCUCUAAAAAACAGGUUGUAAUUUGCUUGAAUAAAGAUAAUAUAUGUAAAUAGGGUAA